AGAGACUCGUGGAAACAGUAGUUUCUGAUACUUUGAAACGGCAUACUGAGACCGGUUCUAUUGAGACAAAGCCACGUUUUCGAAAAAUUGCACCCAAUCAACAUCACGCAUAUACUUCAUUCUGUCGGUUUGAGGAAUUGCAUGGCACACCGCAAGCCCCUCAUUUUGCCGGCGAGCAAGUAGUACGAGUCGACUUGAGCAAAGCCGUAUCAGUCAGAUAUGAUUGGAAGAAAUGUUUCCAUCCUUUUCAGUCGUGUAAUUUAGUUCGCACCUCAUCACGUAUGAAUGGUGAAAAGUAUGGGAACAUUAUUUUAGAUGUAAUUUACCCAAUGGUUGUGGUUGCAGAAGAGGCAAUAUUUCAAGAGGAUAAUGCACCAAUUUGCAAGAGCAAACCUGUAAGGGAACUUAAAGAUAAUCUUGGAAUUGUGACAAUGGAGUGGCAAAUACAAUCACCAGAUCUGAAAAUGUGUGGAGAGAUUAAAUGCUGGAUUUAUAAGAAUCGAAAACGACAGACAGAAGCUGACUUGGAGGAAGCCGUAUUUUCCCCAUGA